UACGGACGUACGGACGGACAAUGCUCACCCAAAAUGUGCUGGCCCAACUCCCAAAGCACAUUUGGGGCUCAUCUCGGAUCCAUCCGGCAGGUUCGGAUGAGCUGCUAAAUGUCAGGUAGAUGGAUGAAAGAAGGAGCAGGAAGGAAAGAACGAAGGUGGAUGGAGAUAGAGAGAGAGAAAGAGAGGUACGGACGGACGAGGACUACCAGACCAGCCCACCAGCAGAGUGAAAAGGCUUGUUUAGAGCCCACCUAACAAUUUGGGCGAGGUGUUGGGUUCAUAUCGCAAAGAAACGCAAAAGUGGUAAACCCGUGGUAUGUGUGUGCCCAUGUCCCCCAUCGACCAUCGCUUCCCCGCCUUCUUGGCCUCGCCUUUUCUUUAAAGAGGACCUGAUCCCCCCUCAUCACCGGCCAUGUUACCAUGGUGGAUGGGUCUCAUCUUGCUUACAGCCGGAGGGGUCGAUUCCUUUACUCUGGAGCCUCGACUUGCUAUUGCUAAAAGGGGCUCCCAUGGGAGCUAUUUUGGGUUGGCCGUCACUGGCCAUCCAUUCACAAGCAAUCGAAGACCCAUUCAGAAUGUAGUGUUAGUGGGGGCCCCGUUGGACCAAGGCGGAGGGGCGUUAUGGAGUUGUCCCUACACUAACUUGGAUCGAGAUUGCCAUCAAGUGCUCAUUGGCAAACGAGGCAACCAAUCUGAUUCCAUGGAAGAGGAAUGGUUCGGUGCCACGGUCCAUUCGCAAAGUUCAGGAGAGUCUGUAAUUGUUUGCGGCCAUCGCUACGUUGAAAAGAGCCGGAUCCAUCGUUGGGGUCGGGGUCGAUGUAUGACACUUAAGCAAAACUUGGAGUAUUCUGCUACUUGGGAUCCAUGUGAACGACGAUCCAAAGCCAGGGCCCAUGAAGAGUGGGGCUACUGCCAAGCCGGCAUAAGUGCCUACUUGACCAAGGACAAUUUUGCCCUGAUUGGGAGCCCCGGUCCUUUCACUUGGCGUGGGACCGUCUUUAGCAUGAGCAUUGCCAAUGACUUUCUGUUUCGCGACAAGACUCAGUUCCAUACCCCGGUCCAAGGGCAAGGCAUCACCUUGGACAAAUACUCCUAUAUGGGCAUGUCCAUCACAUCGGGAAAUUUCCUGCCCCGCUCGCUCAAUUGUGGCCAAGAUGAGACUUACGCCUCGGGCGCUCCCAGAGCAACCAUUGGAGGGAAAGUGAUUCUGUUCAGUAAAUGCGAAGGACACAUCAUGCCCAUUCACAGGCAGCUCAUUGGGGAUGGAUUCGCUUCCAGCUUUGGCUAUUCUUUGGCCUCGGCAGACUUGAAUGCCGAUGGCUUAGAUGACCUGCUGGUGGGUGCACCCUUCUAUUCGAACCGCCAAGGCUCAGGUGGGGCCGUAUAUAUGUACAAAAACUCUCCCAUGGGAUUAGUAAAAGACUCGAAACGCAUGAAAUUGGUCAUGCCCAAGGUGGAAGCGCGCUUUGGAUUCUCGGUGGCCAAUGUGGGGGAUCUCAAUAACGAUCAGAUCACCGACGUCGUGAUUGGGGCCCCGUAUGAUGGGCGUGGGAAAAUCUAUGUUUUCCUCGGCUCCGAAUCGUUCUUUUUGCACACGGAGAGCUCCCCUGUCAGUCUAGCCGAUCAGAUCAUAUCGGCUGAGGAACUACCCUUGAUAGGGACGAAUCCGCCGGUGGUGGUGGGAUCGUUUGGUUAUUCCUUGUUUGGGGGGAUGGAUUUCGACAACAAUAACCACUCGGACAUCGUGGUGGGCGCCUAUGAGAGUGACGCCAUUUACAUCGUACGGAGCAGGCCAGUCAUCGAUAUUCGCACAUGGUUCGGUGAGCAUCCGAGAGUGCUCGAGCCCUCACUAAUGACAUGCUCCGAGUCUCAAGAGGGCUCAUCCGACAAUGCCAGAUGCUUCACCAUCGAGGCGUGCUUUGAGAUCAAACAGUUUCCUAAAAACGUUGAAAGUGCUCAUCUAGCGUUUCAAGUGGAAGCUGAGAUCUUUACCGGGGGGAGGAAAAUAUCUCGUAUUCACUUCAGCAAUCCUAAUCCCGACGACUAUCCGAGCCACGUGUCUCGAAAAAUACUCGAAAUCCGUCGCUCGAGCUUGUCCGGCUGUUUCAAAGAAAUGGCAUUCCUGAAAGAAGACACAUCCGAUCUCAAUAUUCCGCUCAAGUUUAAAUUGAGCCUUUGGCUUCAACAAGACGAACCGAUGCUUCUCAAGCAGAGACUGCCGCAAAAUAUCGACCAUUAUCCCGUUUUGAACUCAAAACAAACCGACAAGAUUCUGACUAUUCCAUUCCUCAAACAUUGCGGCGACGACAACAUUUGUCAAUCCGAUCUCGAGUUAGCUCUCCGUCUCGAAAAUCGCGAGGAGCUCUUCACUGACGACGUCCUGAGCGUUUCUCCCAUGAAGGAACUGGUGCUUGCCUUGGACGUGAGCAACCGAGGUGAACCAGCUUACGAGACGAAGAUUGAUUUUGUCGUGGAUGAAGCCUUCACUUUUAUUGGACGGGCCGAUCCCCACAACGAUAUUCAAUGCUCCUACCGAGAAGAUCAGAGCUCAGUCCACUGUGAAGUUGGGGGGCCCCUGAAGCAAGACAACGUCACCCUUCUCUUCCGGGUGGGAGCCCACUCCUUGAAAGACACACUACAUUUAGCCAUCUUCAAUGCCACGAUCUCGACAUCGUCCCUAAAUAUGGCCGCCCAAGACACACCAGGCACAAGGUGGGCCGCGCUCAACUUGAAGACCGUCAAAAGAUCCGAAUUGUCCCUUCAGGCUUCGGCUCAGCCCCAGACCUUCUGGUACGGAGGCGCAAUUCGCGGGGAAUCGGCCAUCAAAACCACCAACGACAUUGGUGCCAAGAUGAUGCACACAUUUCACAUCAAUAACGCUGGUCCUUGGCCAGUGAGCUCUCUCGAGUUGGUCGUUCAUUGGCCAAUCCAAUUGAUUCCCACGUUCCCGGAGAAGCCCGGGAAAUGGCUGUUGUACCUGACCGAGGAGCCGGAGCUGAUUCCAAGGGGCGCUGGAUCUUGCUUCUAUAAUUCCAAGUCUGUCAACGCCCUGGGACUGCCGCCUUCGUCGCGUUUGCAGCGGCGUCACGUGGCGGUGCCCACUCUGGAGUGCCAUUCCAACAGCGACGAGCUCAUCCACUGCAUGGAGAUUCGGUGCCAAUUGCAACAAUUGAUGCCCAACUCCGACGUGAUCGUGAAAAUGCGCUCCCGAGUUUGGAACUCGACGCUGGUGGACGACUUCCCCACCCUUGAUCACAUUCGUCUGCGUGUGCAGGGAACCCUGGUGCUACCGAAAGAGGUGAAGGCUCAUCAGAGCUCAGACAAUGACCAAGUGACAGUGGACAUUCUAGGUUACCCGUCACACCCGCUGCAAUCUACCUUGGGGUCCAUACCCACCUGGAUCCUUGUUUGCGCAGUCUUGGCGGGUUGUGUAGUGGUUUGCAUCAUAGGUCUUAUUCUUCACCAAUUUGGCUUCUUCAAGCGCAAAAGAUUGUCCAAUGAGAGGGGUGGUCAAAGGGGCGGAGGGUGUGGAAUCGACGAAAGUGUCAAUGGCAGGAACGCGCAUUCCAGCUACAUCAAUGGGCAAGGAGGCCACGGAGGCCACGGAGGCCACGGAGGCCAAGGAGGUGGGAGUGGUCGAAACUACAAAAAAUCCUCGCAUCCACCUGCUCUGUCAUUACCUCUUUUGUGAAUGGACUCAUGAAAUGCGCCCUUACAAAUUCACGCCAUAUGUUGUCAAUGUCAUACAUACACAUACCAAUCCUUAUGUACCGUAGUACAUGCUGUGCCCGUUCUUUGGGCCAAUCUUUGUUGAAGGCUCGUUUUGUUAAGCCACCACAUAGUACAUGCUACAUCCAACGUACACAAGUCACUUGGGGGUCAUGUGGACUCAAAGUAAGUUUUAUUAGAAAAAAUAUACAACCACAGGCUUUGUUUUCAAUAGUCAAA